UAUAAGUAUCAAGUUUUCACCCAAAAUUCAGAAAUUUGAGAAAAUUCUAUCAGGAUCCAAGGGUCUGAAUUCUGAAAUGGGCGAAAUUUCCGAAAUUCAAAUCCCUGGCGUGGUCCUGAAUGUUGAUUUUUAACCCUGCUCUUUAUGGUAUUGGCCCUAAUUAAUCGAAACCAUGACCCGUCGGCUGCCUCUUUUCCUCCUAUUCCAAUUUCCAAAAUUCUUGAUUUGUUGAUUGCUGCCUUGCACUGGAAAGCUCGUGAAUGCCCGCAAGAUCAAGGGCUAAAACAUACAAGCAGUCGCGCAUCUCUGUCUACUGUCUACUUUCUGCCUUCUGUUCUACUUCCAAACCUCAACCAACCAACCAACCAACCAAAAGCUAAAAAUAGUGAGAAAAAAAAAUCAAGAAAAUCCUUGUUUGGUUAGAGAUUCUGUCUUUGUCGAUGGGUGGGUUGGUGGUGUCAUACCGGAGACACAUAGAAACUCAAAAUAGUAGUCACUGGAUUGGAAUAAUCGUGGUCAUCACUGGAUAAGAGACAUCUUGGCAAUUGAUCUCCCACUUGGGCAACCAUCCACGCAAAGUAGAGGUAGAGGCGUAGAGCCAUAAGCCCCAUUAACUGGUGGGGCCGCUUUACGGUCUUUAUUUCGUUCCAGAGGUCUUCAGCACCACCCUAUAACUUUCAAAAGAAAAACGGAAAAAGAAAAAUUAUGCAAAAAUAUCAGAGACCAUGAAGACUGGAUAUAGUUGUGAGUUUCAUGCGAUGCGACCCUUUCUUUGUUUUUCGUAAGAGAGAAUUUUGUCUCAGCAGACUUGUGGAUGGAAAUGCUCGGAAGAAACACACCCACCACUCAUUUCAAUCAACCAAAUCAAGCACCCAAAUCCACAUUUCUUUCUUUCUUCACACAAAUAUUCCUAAAAAAAUAAUGCAAACUUCUUCCCUUCUUCCCCUCCAGAUUCCAUGGCGAAAUUUUCAUCUCAGUACCAGCACUAGUAUAUUCUCUUCUUCUUCUUCUACUUCUUCCUCGCCUCCUCACAUCUUCUCUCCCUUCCUUGUUUAAGACUUAAGACAUGACUACUUCUUACUGCUUCUCUUCCACGAGAAACGGUUUAGCAGGAAAGGCUCUACUUCUCCAGAAUUGUCAUCUCUACCUCCGCAGACACCGCUCUUCUUCCCUCUGUCCUCAUGAGAUCAACCACCUAAGGAGAGACUGUCUACUCCUAAACCCCCAUCCACUACCUAAAUCCUCCCUCCCCACACUGAGAUUAAAAGGUUCGAAAUCGAUCCUCCCGUUGGCGACCUUAUCAUCUUUUGCCGAGGCUGAAGGAGGACGAGAGGCAUCCGAGGCUAACCAACAGCACGAGGAUGCAGGAGCAGAGGAGUUACCGGAAAUGGCAAAGGCCUUCAACAUCUCUUCCAGCACGGCUUCAGCGAUCUCCAUCUGCAUAGCCUUCGCAGCCCUCGGCCUUCCGUUUUUUAUGAAGUCGUUGGGGCAAGGGUUGGCGCUCAAGACAAAGUUGCUUUCCUAUGUGACCCUGUUGCUGGGAUUUUACAUGGCUUGGAAUAUCGGAGCUAACGAUGUGGCCAAUGCAAUGGGGACUUCUGUAGGUUCGGGUGCUCUCACCCUUCGCCAAGCGGUGCUGACUGCGGCUGUGCUAGAAUUUUCAGGGGCGCUUUUGAUGGGAACCCACGUCACCAGCACUAUGCAGAAGGGGAUUCUUGUUGCUAAUGUCUUUCAAGGAAAGGAUUCCUUGCUCUUCGCUGGAUUGCUUUCUUCUCUGGCUGCUGCCGGUACCUGGUUGCAGGUUGCAUCCUAUUAUGGUUGGCCUGUCUCCACUACACACUGUAUAGUAGGAGCCAUGGUUGGAUUUGGUCUAGUUUAUGGAGGAGUUGGUGCUGUCUUCUGGAGCUCACUGGCAAGGGUGACUUCAUCAUGGGUCAUCUCACCCAUCAUGGGAGCAGUAGUUUCAUUUAUUGUCUACAAAUGUAUCCGCAGGUUUGUGUAUAGUGCUACAAAUCCAGGGCAGGCUGCUGCUGCAGCUGCACCAGUUGCUGUCUUUCUGGGUGUAACUGGCAUUUCCUUCGCUGCCUUCCCUCUUAGCAAGAGUCUCCCUCUAGCUCUGUUGCAGGCAUUAGCAUUUGGAACUGCAGGCGCAUUCAUGGUCAGUAGUGUUAUCCACAAAGAGCUUGGUCACCUCCUCCUCAAGUCCAAAUCGUCAGAAGAAGAGACAAAAGAGGAUACUUCCCUAAACAAAAAUUUAGGAUUCCUAUCUGACAUUGCCGGUCCCAAAGGGACCCAGCUGGAAAUUGUCUAUGGUGUCUUUGGCUACAUGCAGGUUUUGUCAGCCUGCUUCAUGUCAUUUGCCCAUGGUGGCAAUGAUGUCUCUAAUGCAAUAGGCCCUUUGGCUGCUGCGUUAUCAAUUCUCCAAGGAGGUGCUAGUGGAGCUGAGAUUAUUAUCCCAAAUGAUGUCCUUGCCUGGGGAGGAUUUGGGAUUGUUGCAGGACUAAUGAUGUGGGGCUAUAGGGUAAUAGCAACAAUUGGGAAGAAAAUUACAGAGCUAACACCAACAAGGGGAUUUGCAGCUGAGUUUGCAGCAGCUUCAGUAGUUCUAUUUGCAUCGAAGUUGGGAUUACCCAUAUCUGCAACCCACACUCUUGUGGGAGCAGUCAUGGGUGUAGGAUUUGCAAGGGGACUUAAUAGUGUAAGAGCAGAAACUGUGAGGGAGAUCGUUGCUUCUUGGGCUGUCACAAUUCCAGUUGGUGCAUUCUUUGCUGUUUUCUAUACAUGGAUCCUGACAAGGCUCCUAGCAUAUGUACCUUGAGGCAUUUUAUCAAGAGGUUGAAAGAAAAAAUAUUUCCAGGCAUAUGAUUGUGGAAAGAUUUCCUUCCCUGUCCUUUCCCUUUUUUGAUUGUUGCAAGGAAUGUUAAAGUUAUUGACCCACAUGACUUCCUGUAAGAGAAUGGGUACCUGAAAUUUAAAAAGUAAUAUUUUUACCAAUGCAAUGCAUGUUGCAGUGAAGGUUCCAAGUGAACCUCUGUUUUGGAUUUCCAAUAAAAGAUUAUGGUUUCUAUUUGAUUCCUCUUAAAA